GCCCAUUUGGAACAUCCAUUGAUUGCAGUGUUGACGAGGAGACUCCGCUUCUGGUAAGUAGUAAACUAUACCUAGUAUAGUAGGUGCAUCGUGGACUGAGGCAUCCCACAGCGAUAUCGCAUUCGACCUCCAUGUCCUGCAUUCUAUUAUUAAUACCGGUCUUAUCGGUAAUUAUUUCUUCUAUCCAGUACUCUGUACCUAUUCUGUACCGUAUGGAUGUAUACUCCGUACAUGUGAGUACAUACUUAUUAUGCUCGAUAGGCUUUCUCACCGCCCACACCGAGUCCGAAAUCCAAUCCAAUCCAAUCGCCUUCUCCAGCCUCGACUUUCCACUUCUCCAGUAUCUCUUCACGUCUUCUGCUACCGGGUGUCUUCCCCUUUAACUUACUCUCUCUGAGUAGCCGAUCUUCCUCUCCGAACCCCUAAGAGCGGCUAUAUCUUAGUUCGUCCUCUUUUUUCUCUUUCCCCUUCUCUCCAGCUCCUAAGACAUUCCCCGAGCACAACCUCUCGAGCCUGCCCAACAUGUCCGGCGAAGCGUGGCUCUACCUGUUGGCGGUGUUGAUCAACGCCGUCAACCUGUUUCUGCAGGUGUUCUUCACCAUUAUGUAUAGCGAUCUGGAAUG